UGCCGUUUUGAUAUCUGGGAAUAUGUUGUCAAGAUUUUUUCUAUUUUUUCUCUUGUGGAUAUCAAUAGCUGAUGCGCUGUUGUCAAACCUGACUAAUAUUGCUCGAAUUGCUGAGAUUAAAGAACAGAAGUGCGUGCCCGGCCAAAAAUACAAAAUAGAUUGCAACACUUGCUUUUGCAAGAAUGAUGGCAAUUUAAUGUGUACCAAAGUCCUAUGCCUCACUAAUAAACGACCGAUAGAAGGUAGAAGGAAAAAUACUGAGAACAUAGCAAUGGCUUGGAAAAACAAUACAGCAAAUAAAAAAGGGGAGAAAGAAGCAAAACUAGCAAAAAAAAAGAAUAAGUUAAUGGAAAUUCCGACUCUACCGGAUACGUGUGUACCUGGAAAAAUAUAUAAAAAAGGUUGCCAGAAAUGUUUCUGCCAAGAUAAUAAGAAAGGCGUGUGCACGAAGAAGAAAAAUGCUUGUAAAGAGAAAGGUUUCAGAAUCCGUUACCUAAAAGAUAUUCGUCCCCCAUUCAAGUCCGGAGAAGUGGUGAAUUUUCCAGAAUUGCAACAUAGGCAGGUCAGAUGCGAGCCCGGCAUGUCUUAUAGAGUCGACUGCAAUGGCUGCGUGUGCCUUGCCAGUCAUGACUUGAUCUGCGACGAAUACAUCUGCCUGAGCUAUGAUGACAUGCACAGGAUUGAUGCUGAUGAAAAAUCAAGAGGACAUUGCGAUCCACAGACUUACAACAAAACUGUUAAAAACUGCGUACAAUGUGUUUGUAUUAAAAAUAGAGUGAAGUGCAGCGAAGUGGCCGGUUGUAUUUCGGACUAUGAUAAACAACUAUUAAAUUGGAACAACGGGAAGCCAAAGCUGACACUUGACAUGUUUAAGGAAACUUGUAUGCCUGGAGGGGUUUAUAGAAUGGACUGCAACAAUUGUUAUUGUCAAGACGAUAAGACACUACGAUGUACCCAAAAAACUUGUCUUAACUACUCGCAGUCAAAAGCCCUUGAAGAUCAACGCAUGUAUUUAAUUCAUUAUGGUUUAUAGACGUUGGAACUUAGACCCAAAAGACUACUACACAAGACGGAAUGGUGGCCAAUUCGGACCUUAAUUGAUGUACUAUGCCAAUAAAGUUCUUGAAAUCGUU